UUAUAAUUCAUCCUCUACUUUGGCGACGAGGAAGUGAAGAACUUUAGCAAACCCUCCUUUGAAAAGUUUGAUUAGCUCUGAAGCUGAGCAGUAAUGGAAGAUUCAGAGAAAAGAAAAGAAAUGCUAAAAGCAAUGCGGAUGGAAGCUGCUGCUGCUGCUGCACAGAAUGAUGGUUCUACUGAGCCUGAAGCUUCUAUGAACACAAGUCACCUCUCAAACCCCUUGGCUGAAGCAUCCACUCACCAGCAGGAAUCGUAUGAUAAGCAGCCAAGGUUUGAUUAUUACACCGACCCGAUGGCAGCUUAUUCUAGUUUCAAUAGAAACAAGAGCCCUAGGCAACAAUACAUCUCAUCUCCUAGUCAUCAAAUGAGCCCUCCAGCACCCCAGUUUCCACCAUCUGUUCCAGGAUCGGUGGGGAAUGACUAUCAGGCACAUCCCAAUCCUGGUGGUUUUCAAGAAGCUCAUUACGGUGGUGAUAAUAUGCAUACCGAACCAAGAGGGAUGGCACCGUCGUACAGAGGUCCACCCGCUCCUUGGAAUAACAAUUUUAGGCCUCCACCACCAGUUAACCAUUUAGGUCCACCUCAAUGGGUGCCUCGCCCUCAUCCAUUCUCUCAGGGAAACCAUAAUAUGGGUAAUAACAGAUAUGGUGGUCGAGGUCCUCGAGGAGGCAACUAUAACAAUACCCCUCCACAAUUUCACCAUCACGGACGACAAAAUUCUAACUGGGCUGGAAACUCAGGAAGAGGCAGAGGCGGAGGACGCGGUAUGAAUACAAACUUUGGGAGAGGUGGAGGAAGAAGACCCAUGGAACAAAGUGCAGAACGAUUUUACUCCAACUCCAUGGCUGAAGAUCCAUGGAAGUAUCUUAAGCCAGUAUUAUGGAAGAGCUGCUCAGAUGCUUCAAGCAGCAACUCAACAGGUCAAGCCUGGCGUCCCAAUUCUAUAGCACCGAAGAAACCUAUGAUAUCAGAAGCUUCCCACAAACCUAGCAGUAAUCAGCAGAGCCUUGCUGAGUACCUUGCUGCUUCUCUAGAGGAGGCUACGUGUGAUGAGCCAAGCAAUUGAUCAGGACAUUUUGAGCAAAAGGGAAUCCAAGUAUAUGGAGUACCAUCAGAUGUCAUUACCGAUGACUCUUUCGUAUUGUUCCAUGGCUGGUAAAAAGAGACAGCAGAGAAUGAUGAUCAUCUUGACGGUGCAGUUGAGAGUAGAACAUUUGAAUUUUGGAUGAGUUGUUUUCUUGUUUGGUUUGUUCAGAUUGGUUUAGGUAUUUCGUAUACAGAAAACACAAGUCUAUUUUAACCAUAUUAAGAUCUUGGUUUGUUGUUUCGUCGGUUAUUUUAAUUUGGUUUUGGAUGGAACAGGGUUGCUAAUAAGAUAGGUGUACUUAUUAAUUGAAACCAUCGAACAUGUAUCAUGGUGGUAAUAAAAGGUGUUAGUUGUUAGAUCUGAUGACUCAACUCUCCAAAGAGAGCUUCUUCAUUCAACUGCAAUGAUUUGAAUCAAUUUAGUUUAUCUUCUUAUAUAAUAAAGUUG